AUGAACAAUGCCAAGCUUCGGGUUGUCUCGGUCGGGCACAACGGUCGCAUCCCUGCGGAGAAGCCGCUGGCAGAUGGAUACCCAACGGACCACGGAGAGACUGCAGCAAUCCGGGCAAUCACCGACGCGUCAGCAGUGAAUUGGGACAAGGUUGUCUUUGCAACAUCGCUCAACCCCUGUGUGAUGUGCACGACAGCACUGACUUGGCUUCAUGGCCUUGGGCUGCGGAACGUCGUCAUCGCCGAGAGCAGCAGCUUCGGUGGUGCCGGCAGUCAGCUGGAACAGCUGGAGGGCAUGCAAGUACUCAACCUGUCGAAUGCUUACGCCCAGUCCAUGAUGAAGACCUUUGCCACCCGCUUCCCCUGGGAUUGGGCUGCAGACAUAGGUGAGAUACCACCCAAAGACUUGGAGCUUAGCACGCGAUUGCUAACCCAGAGUUGGGAGCUGCGCCUCUUCGUAGACAAGAUAUCGGAGGAACUGACGAAGCUGAAGCACACUGCGGCUGUCAUUGAUCCCCGCGGAGAACUCCUGGCUUCGUCCGCCGAUGAGCGCAAGGAGAGCGGCGGGAACGAGACACGCUCCGCCGUGAUGCUGGCACUUGGCCGGGCCGGAUCGAAGGUGAACCUUCGGGAGUGCGUCCUCUUCUUCAUGGGGUCUUCCGCAGAGAUCGCGGACUUCGGGACAGUGUCGGCCGGGGCUUGUCAACUCUUCCGGCCAGCAUUGGUGGUCACGACCGCGCCGCCUUCCUCCGAGCUUGAGGAGCGACUGACGGCAUACAAGGUGCCAGUCAAGUGCUGCCAAGUUGAGAAGCCUGUCUUCUUGGAGCUGUCGGACCUUCAGCUGCCCUUGCAUGCUCAGCAUUAUGCUCUGCAAGAGCCGGUGAAAAGAGAGACUGCUGUGGCAGAGCUUUCUUGGCCACCGAACUCCGUGCUAGUUCCUUGCACUGCUUUGCUGUGCUUUCGUGAUGAAGAUCCUGUCACGUUUGUGCAUCCUUGGUUCGGCUGGGACAUCAAUUUCGUGGAGAGCUCAUGGUGUAAAUGCGCAGAGCUACGGAUGCUUGGAGCCGGCGAUGGUAUGGAUCUACCGACAGGCCCCAUGGAGGAUGCAUCCCUGCUGCAGUCGCGAUUCCGAAAGCGCUCCCGGAGCAAAGCGCGCGAAGCGCGCGAGGCGCGCAAACAUCCGUUCCAUUUGGAUCGCCACGACCAUCAUCAUGCGAAGAUCGUGGACACUGCAGACUACCGUGCCGAUGCCGCGGCCUUCUUCGAGAAAGUGAAGAACCAAUCGCUCGAAGAGCGCUGUCCACAUCUUCACAAGAUGACACUAGAUCAGGUGCACAAAGAAUGGAAAAGGAUGUUUUCCCAGCUGGAGAAAACCACCGGCAACAUGACUGCCAAAAACAAGCUCGCGGCCAACUACGACUUGCAUUUCGAAUUCAACAGUGUGUUGGCAGGAGAAAUGCCUGUGCUUGUGACCGGUCACGUUCCGAAGCAGCUUGGGUGGGAGGCCGCGACACAUUGGGGAAGGGAUGAGCUCUCGAAGCAUAUGGGCACCUUGCCGUGGCAGAAGUUCACAUUUAAUUAUCCGGAGUGGCUAAUCGGAAUGGACCAGUGGGAGUCCUUGGACGACUAUAUCAAGCACAAUGAAAGCUCUCAGAACAUCUUCCUCUUUGCAAGUGAGGGGGGCUGCUCCGAAGAAGCCAAGCUUAAGAACUCUGUGGAUGCAAUACGGCGGCA